UCUCGCACCUCUAGCAAAAACUGUAGUACAAAAACGGAAAACGUUUUCCUCCUGGAAAUAAUUAAAGAAAAGCUCAACAGGUGGAAUUUUGACACCGUAAAACUGCAGGAAUCCGCGGAGUACUCGAUUAGAUAGGAAGUUCCGGCGGAAAUAAAACCGAAAGUUAUGCAGAACGCAGCUGUGGGGGAAACAGCUGCCAGCGGUUCCCAAAAAUUACGCCGGCCGGACCUCUUAUAACCCAAAGAGCACAAAGAGGAAACCGGAAGCCAAGCCAGACCGUCACCAGUAUUCCCAAGCCCCCGAUGUAGCGAGGGUGCUCCAUAAUUAAGUAAGAUUUAAUGAACAACAGCCGGACGCCAUGGCAGCGAAGGAAUCUUUUCGCGAGCGACAGACCCAGGAGUUGGAGGUUAUUAAGGCAAUCUUCGGCGGCGAUGUGGAGGAUUUGCGACCCCAGACCAAUGCGGCGGUGUGGAAGCCCACGGACAUCAAAAUACGGCUCACACCGCUGCGGGACUCGUCCAAUGGCCUGGAGGCCUAUGUCUGCACCAAGCUCCAUGUUACCUGCCCUUCUAAAUAUCCAAAACUGCCACCGAAAAUCAUGCUGGAAGAGUCCAAAGGAAUGUCAGAUCAGCUCCUGGAGGCGCUGCUCAACCAGCUGCAGGCCCAAUCCCAGGAGCUACGCGGCGAAGUGAUGAUCUACGAGCUGGCCCAGACCGUGCAAGCCUUUCUCCUCGAGCACAACAAGCCGCCCAAGGGCUCUUUCUAUGACCAGAUGCUGCAGGACAAGCAGAAGCGGGAGCAGGAGCUACUAGACAUGCAAAGGCAGCGGGAGUCGCUGCAGCGCCAGACCCUGAUGGAUGAAGUGGAGCGGCGCAAAGAGAUGUUCAAGACAGAGGCCAAGCGGCGAGGUGAGCCGAGGCGCAGCAUGAGCGAGUCGAAUCCAAGGCAUCCUAGCUCCUCGGAGAGUUCGGAGAACUCGUCGCCCUAUUAUCGUGGCCACAUCUAUCCCAGCAAGUGCCUGGAUCAUCGCAACACGGAGACGCUUUACUUCCACAAGGUGGGCAGGCAAAUACAGCGGGGAUGCUGUCUAGGUGAGUGCUGGACUUUUAAAAUUAUUUGGGAAUUAGUAGUGAAGUCUAACCCUUUCCCAGGACACUCACAGCGUGGCUGCAUUGCCUACACCGGCAUCGACAUGCACUGCGGCCAGCUGCUGUACAUCACCGAGUGGAACAUCAAGUACUGCCAGCUGGAGCAGCCAUGCAGUGGCGGCGGCAAAUGCCACUGGAGCAGCGAAACGAAAUGUGCGGGCAAUCACCGCGUGGACGAGGUCAUAGCCUCCAUAGAGAAGCAAGUGGCCACCCUGGCCCAGCUGCAGCACAAGAACCUCAUAGCCUACGAGUGCGUGCUGUGCAUCAAACGCAAGGAGGGAUUGCUGGUAUAUCUGGUGCAGGACUUUCUCCUCGGCACCAGUGUCUUUAGCAUCUCAUCCUCGCUGGGCUGGUGCAUGGAUGGAGCUCGGAUGGUGGCCCGUGGCAUGCUGGAUGCCCUUAUAUUCCUGCACAACAAGGGCAUCUCACAUAGCCAUCUGCUGGAUAGCACAGUCUUCAUGGACAACACGGGCAAUGUGCGCUGUUCGGACUACUCGCUGGUGCCCAACCUCCUGGAGCUGCUAAGCGGACCGGGUCAGAGCAGCAAUCGAGGGGAUCUGCCCGCCUUGGGUGCCCUGGUGGAGAGUCUUAUGCCGACGAAUAGCUACGAAAUGCGCGACUUUGUGGACAAGUGCAACUCGGACCGCACUCUGUCGGCUUCAGAGCUGCUCGAGCAUCCUUUCCUGCGCUUUUAUGUGGACAAUGGUCAGCAGCAGCAACUAGUGCAGCUUCCUCAACAACGACACCCCAAUCCCGGCCAGCGUGUGGCCACUGCUCUGCCCUACCAGAUACCCACUUUGGCUUUAAGCCAAUCCCGCCUACGAACCGAGUUCGAGGUGCUUAUGUAUUUAGGAAAAGGAGCUUUUGGGGAUGUCCUAAAAGUACGCAAUAUCCUGGACAACCGGGAGUAUGCCAUCAAGCGGAUACCGCUACCCGCUCGCAGCCGGCAGCUAUACAAGAAGAUGACCCGCGAAGUGGAGCUGCUUUCGCGUCUAAAUCACGAGAAUGUGGUGCGUUACUUCAACAGUUGGAUUGAGAGCGUGGAUGAUGCAGAUGCCGCCGAAAUGGACAAGCUGCUGGGUGGAGAAUGGUCACAGAGCCAGCAGGAGCUGAGCGGGAAGCCUGCCAAGUCGCCCCAGUUGGGCCCCACUAUAGAGGAAGAUGAGGACGAGGAGGAUAGCUCCUCCAGCAUGUGGAAUGCUUACAUGCCUGCUUUGGAGGAUUCCGAUUCGGAUGGCAUCGAGUUUGUGGACUCAAACGGGCAGGUGGCUGUCUAUGACAACGAGGAGGAGGAAGAGGACUCCACCAGGGGCAAGACCAGCUCACCAAAGCCUCUCAUGCAAGUCAUGUACAUACAAAUGGAGUUUUGCGAGAAGUGUACACUACGCACCGCCAUUGAUGAUAAUCUCUUUGACGACACCGAUCGACUGUGGCGCCUGUUCCGGGAGAUCGCUGAGGGCCUGUCGCAUAUCCACCAGCAGGGCAUCAUCCACAGGGAUCUCAAGCCUGUAAACAUUUUCCUGGACUCCCAUGAUCAAAUCAAAAUAGGAGACUUUGGCCUGGCCACCACUAGCUUCCUGGCUCUGCAGGCUCACGAAUAUCCAGCACCCGUUCCUGUACACAAUAUCACCAGCGCCGAGGACGGAACUGGCACCGGGAAGGUGGGCACCACUCUGUAUGUGGCUCCCGAACUCACGGGUAAUGCCUCCAAGUCGGUGUACAACCAGAAGGUGGAUAUGUAUACACUGGGCAUUAUUCUGUUUGAAAUGUGCCAGCCGCCGUUUGACACAAGCAUGGAGCGGGCCCAGACCAUCAUGGCCCUGAGGACGGAGUCUAUAAGCAUACCAGAAAGAAUGCUUAAGGAUCCCAAGUACGAGAAAACGGUGAAAAUGCUGCAAUGGCUGCUUAGCCAUGAUCCCGCCCAGCGUCCCACGGCGGAGGAGCUGCUUAUUUCAGAUCUGGUGCCUCCCGCUCAGCUGGAGGCCAACGAACUGCAGGAGAUGAUUCGUCAUGCCCUGGCCAAUCCGCAGAGCAAGGCAUACAAGAACCUGGUAGCUCGCUGCCUGCAGCAAGAAAGCGACGAGGUCCUAGAGCACACCUACCACUUGGGCAGCAGUCGAGCCAUGAAGUCGUGGAACUCUAUUGUCAUAGACGAUAUAGUUUCCCUCAAUCCGGUGAUUGAGUUUGUCAAGGCCAAGGUGGUGAAUCUCUUUCGGAAACACGGGGCCAUUGAAGUGGAUUCCCCGCUACUGUCGCCGCUCUCCGCCAGAAAUAGUCGAGCCUAUGCCAGUGCCAACGCCGUGCACCUAAUGACCCACUCUGGAUGCGUGGUGGUGCUGCCCUGCGAUCUGCGCACCCAGUUUGCCCGUCACGUGACCAUGAACGGGGUGAAUCUCAUCCGGCGCUACUGCGUAGACCGUGUUUAUCGCGAGGAGCGGGUUUUCAACUUCCAUCCCAAGCAGAGCUACGAGUGUUCCUUCGAUAUCAUAGCACCCACAACGGGCAGCCACUUGGUGGAUGCAGAACUGCUGUCGCUAGCCUUUGAGAUAACCAGCGAGCUGCCACGUCUCCGUGAACGAAAUCUGGCAAUACGCAUGAACCACACGAAUCUGCUGAGGGCCAUCCUCAUCUACUGCAAUGUCCCAAAGUCGCAAUAUGAAGCCCUGUUUGAGGGCACCCUGGACUUUAUCGAGUCGCGCAUCUCCCGCUUUCAGUUUCACUCCAGCAUCACGCUCAUCAUGGAGAAGUCACGCACCUCGGCCCAGACCCUGAUGGAUAUGCUGUUGGCCAACUUCCUGUUGACCGGCUCGAGGAGCACUGUGGAUGAUUCUGCACUGAAGGCCCUGAUGCGGGGCAAGGGGGAGGCGGCUUCGCUGGCGAGAGGUGCUCUGAGGGAGCUGGAAACUGUGGUGGGCCUAGCCUACAGCCUGGGCGUCACGUGUCCCAUUCACAUUUGGGCGGGUCUGCCGCUCAGCUUCGAGCGUGCCAGCAGUGGUGGCAUUGUUUGGCAGAUGACUGCUGACCUCAAGCCCAAUCGUUCUGGUCAUCCCUCGGUUCUGGCAAUUGGCGAGCGUUACGAUGCCAUGUUGCACGAGUUUCAGCGGCAGGCACAAAGCUUCAACUGCGCCUUGCCAUCUAGGGGAGUGCUCAGUGGCGCAGGCAUGACUUUCUAUCUGGACAAACUGGUGGCCGCCGUGGAGUAUGCCAAGGAUUGUCGAGCCAUCGAUGUGGGCAUCUGUGUGUGUGGCACGCGACCGCCUCUCAAGGAUGUAACCUAUAUCAUGCGGCUGCUCUGGUCGGUGGGUAUCCGCUGCGGCAUUGUGGAGGCCGCCAGCGAAGUCGGCGAUGAAGCCCAGGAUCUAGCUCGACUGGGAGCUCUGCAUGUUAUCCUGGUGGCCGAGAAUGGUUCCCUUCGAGUGCGUUCGUUUGAGAGAGACCGCUUUCAGGAGCGGCAUCUAACGAGAACCGAACUGGUGGAGUUUAUUGAGAAACUUCUAAGAACGGAGGCCAUAAGCGGAGCCACUGUGGACAACUCCAGCCAGGUGUUCAACACGAGUGCUGGUGGUGGUGGUGGUGGCGGUGGCAGCAGCGGCGGCAAGGAGCGCGGCGAGAAUGGACUCAGCACAUCCGCCUCGAAUGCCACCAUCAAGAACAGCUACAGCUACAGCCAGUUGCCGAAUCUGCAGGUCUCCUUCCUCACCCACGAAAAGCCCACAGCCAACUAUAAGCGGCGACUGGAGAAUCAGGUGGCGCAGCAAAUGAGCUCCACCCUGGCUCAGUUCAUCAAGAAGGAGACUUUUGUGGUGCUGGUGGUGGAGCUGCCGCCGGCUGUGGUAAAUGCCAUUGUGGGAGCCAUCAACCCGCGGGAAAUACGCAAAAAAGAGACUGAACCGGAAAUCAACUUUGUGAUUGAAAGAUUUCCCAAAUACAAACGCUAUAUAUCGGAUAUAAAUGACGAGGUCAUGGACUAUCUAACCGAUGCCAAGACACCAAUUGUGGCCUUGUACAGCAUUUCCGAUUCCUACUACCGCGUCAUCAUCUAACCCACAGCAAAACUAAAGAUGGCCGAACUACUUAGUAGUGCUCGUCCCUAGGUUAAGCUUCGAAUUGUCACAAAACUUAAUUUUUGGCCAAAAUUCUACUUUAAGUGGCUGUGUUCUCUGAUGCCAUUUACCCAAUAAUCGAAUCAAAAUUUGUUUCUAUAAGUUUAACUUCAAAGUGGAGACUAAGGAAAUUGAUGAGAUCCAUCCAGAAAUCUAAGUUUUUCAAGGUCCUUUUCCACACAUUCGAAAAAACAAUUCACAAGAAAUCUGUUAUAAUUAGUUUUAGUCAAUAUUUCUUACUUGGUUUAAAGUAAAACGAAUCCUAUACUGAUGCUGUUCACGCCUAAGUCAAAAGAAUAGUUAAAAACUAAGAAAAAAAAAAAUCAUAUGCACGUAAAUAUCAAUUUAUAGAAAUAUAUUUUUAACUAUA